AUGCUGCACCUUUUCGUCAAGCUUUUUCUAUUUAUUUCUCUCAUCUAUGUGUUACAAAAUUUUAAUCAUGGCACACAUUAUAACCCUAGCAACUGUCCACAAAAUGUGAAAUCCAGAAGCGACUUUAUAAUGGGCCGACAAUUAGCCCAUUUCCACGGACAUCACCAUGGACAUGGCCAUCAUGGUGUUCAUAACCACUGUACCGAUACCUUUGGGGGAACUUGUAGAACAGGAGAUCCCACCUCCAUUAAUAAAUAUAAACGUGAUCCCUCAUACGAUUUCCCAUUUGACCGACCUAAGAACAGAAAUCGAUUUUUUAAUUUCUUUUCACAUUUUCUUCAUACACCAAUGGUUGUUGAUCCAGGCUACGGGAUGGUACCGGGAGUAAUGCAUGAUCCUAUGAUGGCUGGCAUGGGCCAUCCUGCUUAUCCACCAUUAACAGGCUACGUGGGAUUCGGGAGUCGAUAUAUAGCCCCAAUGAUAGCGUCGUUUAUGGGAUUACCAUAUUACGGUAAAGGAUUAGUAGCAUUUUUUUUACUCUUAAUACCAGUAAUUAUUAUUCUAGGUAUAGUGGCUGCUGUAGUGGGGGACAUAAUACAGAAAAUGGUUUAUUGUAUUUAUCAAAAUGAAAAGUAUGAUUAA